CGGUGUUUUGCUAUGGUUGAGAGCAUUAAUUGAAUACUGCUAAAUUGGCUUGGCUUCCCCCUGUAAUAAUGACACAUGUCUGUACCUAAUUAUAACCGAAUAGUCAUAUCCCUACUGAAGAAAUUAACCUUGAUGAGGUUGCCGCUCAUGCUGUGUGCAUCUAGCUCUCUCUCCAACAAUGGCACAUAUCUCUUUCUCAAUGCUCUCUCUUUUUUUCUUUCUUCCUCUCACCUUUGCCCUUGACGUUUUUAGAUCUCUCCUAGCUCAGUACGCUCACCUAACUCUGACAUAUUCCCCUCAACCAAAGGCAAACGUGGCGCAUGUGGCGUAUUUCCCAAUCAGGUCACAUGGCGCGUACCUCUGGCACUGCCCUGGCCUAAUUCCUACCACGCACGACUUUGUCCACACCUCUGGAACUCCACGUCACAUUGACAACUACAUUUGCGAUUGCAUCAAAUACCAUACCAUCUUCUGAGAUUCCAUUGAUUAACGACACUCGACCAUACCGCGUCACUGAUCUUACGUUCACUGAUCUUACCGUGUCACUGAUCUUACGUUC